GUGGGUCAUGUGCAAGCGUGACUCGUGCUACCUAGCCAGCUCCUCCUCUGGUCGACAUCCCGACCUCUCCGUCCAUAUCCACCUCUCUCCCCGCCCCGCUCGUCGACCGAUCUCCCCUGCACCCGUGCCUAGCUAUAGCUAGCUAGCUAAGUCUCUCAUCGGAAGCUAGCUUAGCCCUAGCAACGUGCUCGCGCGCCAUGGAGCUGGUGGGGCGGCUGGCGUGCUUGGUGGCGGCGGCGGCGGCGGCGCUGGCGCUGGCGACGGUGGCGAGGUGCGACCCGCAGGUGCCGUGCUACUUCAUCUUCGGCGACUCGCUGGUGGACAACGGCAACAACAACUACAUCGUGUCCCUGGCGCGCGCCAACUACCCGCCCUACGGCAUCGACUUCGCCGGCGGCCCGUCGGGGCGCUUCACCAACGGCCUCACAACCGUCGACGUCAUCGCUCAACUUCUGGGCUUCGACAAUUUUAUCCCUCCCUACGCGGCGACGGGCGGCGACCAGCUCCUCAACGGCGUCAACUUCGCCUCCGCCGCCGCCGGGAUCCGUGCCGAGACCGGCCAGCAGCUGGGCGGCCGGAUCCCGUUCGCGGGGCAGGUGCAGAACUACCAGACGGCGGUGCAGACGCUGGUGAACAUCCUGGGCGACCGGGACACGGCGUCGGAGCGGCUGAGCCAGUGCAUCUUCACGGUGGGCAUGGGCAGCAACGACUACCUCAACAACUACUUCCAGCCGGCCUUCUACAACACCGGCAGCCGCUACACGCCGGAGCAGUUCGCCGACUCGCUCAUCGCCGACUACCGCCGCUACCUCCAGGCCAUGUACAGCUACGGCGCCCGGAAGGUGGCCCUGAUCGGGGUGGGCCAGGUCGGCUGCGCCCCCAACGAGCUGGCGCGCUACAGCCCCGACGGCGCCACCUGCGUCGGCCGCAUCGACGGCGCCAUCCAGAUCUUCAACCGGCGGCUGUUCGGUCUCGUCGACCAGAUGAACACCCUCCCCGGCGCGCACUUCACCUACAUCAACGCCUACAACAUCUUCAACGACAUCCUGGCCAACGCCGCCGCCUACGGGUUCACGGAGUCCACCGCCGGGUGCUGCGGCGUGGGCCGGAACAACGGGGAGGUGACGUGCCUGCCGUACCAGGCGCCCUGCGCCAACAGGGACCAGCACAUCUUCUGGGACGCCUUCCACCCGUCGGAGGCGGCCAACAUCAUCGUCGGCCGGAGGUCCUACCGCGCCCAGUCGCCCAACGACGCCUACCCGAUGGACAUCAGCACGCUCGCAUCCCUUUGAUCCCAUAUGCAAAGAUGUACAAGUCCCAUUUCCUAUCGCCAACAAGGGCAUGGAAAAGGAUUUCUUUUCGAUCUGUAAGCGCGCGUAUAUUAGUCUGUUCUUGUUUUUUUUUCAUUUAGCGAUGAAUACGCAUGCAGUUGUGUAACAGGUAUAGACAAUAAUUGGUUUUCAUUCAUCACAAGGAUUAAGGUGUUCAGUGGAGAGAAAGGGAUGUGUUCAGGACAGUUAAAUUCUGGUUUUCAUUUA